UUUGGCGCGAUCACUUGUACUAAUCCAGCCGAUAUUUGCUCUACAUAUACACACAUACAUAUCAUUUGUUUAUAUGUAUAGUGAGUAGAAAUCGCGAAACCGUUUAGCCGCCAGCUGAUUGUCAUCUCUUAGCGAUCGAGCGAGCGUUCGCUUGUGUUCGUGUGUGUAUUUCGCUUAAAUAGCGCGUCGUGCAAAUGCUUUUCGCUCGAGGCGUGAAGUUAUUUAUCGAAGUCGUGCAGCCAUCGGUGACGUCAAAUUUUGAAGUUUACACGGGUGUAUUUGAGUAUGAUUGAGUGUUGGGCUGUUAAUUGUUUUGUAUCUGCUGACCUAUUGUUCGAUGCCAACAUCUGUGAAGAAAAUAAAUUAUUCACAUGUUAAUUACUAUCGAAGUCGUGAGUUAUAAAAAACAACGGUUGUGUUUUUUGUUUCAUUCCAAGAAAGCGAAGUACAUGAUACGCCUAAAUGAAUGAACGCUUUGGUUGAUGACGAAAACAAAGAAAUAUGUGUAUAAAUAUAAAAAAUACCAAAAAAUAUUUAGAAUUAUAGUAAAUACAAAUACAAAACAAAUAAAAAAUUAAUUUAAAGGCACGGUAGAUGAAAAAAAAAUAAUGUUAAAUUGUAAAAGAAAUUUAUAGAAGUCAGAAUUAUUGCUGCAAUUUUUAUGCACUGCAAAUGUGAGGAAAGGAAAAAAUAUUUCAAAGCUCCAAAAUCUGUCAAGUAUUCAAUUAUUGAAAUCCCAAACUGAUUAAAAUAAAAAUUCGCACUAAAAAUUCCAAACCUACAGGUCAUAUGAAGAGCUAAGUGGCAUAAUUUUAACCAAAAAACAAAUUGUGAAAAAAUUUCAUGGAAAGUGGAAGUGAAAUAAAAUUUCGAGAACAUUUAAAAAAAAAAUCUGAAAAUCUCAUCUAAUAAAAAAAAAUACGCCAAAAUUCUAAAUGCAUAUUAUUUGUGCAAAAGUGAAGUGGAAUUGUUUAAUAAAUACAAGUGCAGUGAGAUUGAAAAAAAUGCAAGUGCUUGUCACUGAUGGAUUAUACGUAUAAAAUAAUAGUAACAAAAAAUAAGCAUAUAAAUUAUUAGAAAAGAGUGGCUUGAUAUUUAAUUAAAAUUAAUGAUCCUACAAGUGCGAAACUGAUAAUAUUUAAAUAAUAAUUAUUUCGAUAUUCAUUCGAGCCAAAAAUUAUUUAAAUAAAUUAAAUACUAAAAAAAUUCUACAUGUUUGCAAAAAAAAAAAAUAGUAUCGAAAUAAUUAUAUGAAAAAAUUGUAAAAAAAUAAAAUAAUGAAAUUAAUUUCACAUUUACAAAACUCAAUCAUAAAAACCAACUUUUUAUCACUCAUGUAUAUAAAACAGUGUAUUGAUGAAUAAAUAUUAUUCCCUAAGAUAAAAGUCACUCUAAAUAUAAUCUGAGUAUACUCUCAACUUUAGCAACAAAUAAAAAAAAAAGUAUAGUGUAUAGUGUAGUGAAUAUCAACAGCAAAGCACCAAACUCUCCUCCAAGAUGUCUGAAACGCAUGACAACAACGGCGAUCAGCCGCUGCAGGAUGAGGCUGGUGGCAGUGAGAAUAAAAUGAAGUCGCGCCUACGUAAAGGUGCGCUAAAGAAGAAGAAUAUCUUCGCCGUUAAAGAUCAUCGCUUUAUACCACGCUUCUUCAAGCAACCAACAUUCUGUUCGCAUUGCAAGGAUUUUAUAUGGGGGUUUGGAAAACAAGGAUUCCAAUGUCAAGUUUGCUCGUAUGUGGUGCACAAGCGCUGUCACGAAUAUGUGACGUUCAUUUGCCCCGGCAAGGAUAAGGGAAUCGAUUCCGAUUCACCACAAACAGUGCAUCAUUUCGAACCAUUCACAUUUGGCGGUCCCACAUUUUGCGACCACUGCGGCUCGCUACUCUACGGCAUCUAUCAUCAGGGUCUCAAAUGCUCAGCAUGUGACAUGAAUGUGCAUGCCCGCUGCAAGGAGAAUGUUCCGAGCUUAUGCGGUUGCGAUCACACCGAACGCCGUGGGCGCAUCAAUUUGGAAUUGAAUGUGAAGGAGAAUUUGCUGACUGUGCAAAUCAAAGAAGGCCGUAAUCUCAUUCCAAUGGACCCGAAUGGUCUUAGCGAUCCCUAUGUUAAGGUUAAACUCAUUCCAGAUGAGUAUGAAAAGUCAAAGAAGAAGACGCGCACCAUUAAAGCAUGUCUGAAUCCCAUUUGGAAUGAGACCAUCAAAUAUGAUCUUAAGCCAGAAGACAAAGAUCGGCGUGUACUUAUCGAGGUCUGGGAUUGGGAUCGUACAUCGCGCAAUGAUUUUAUGGGCGCUUUAUCCUUUGGCAUAUCGGAAGUUAUUAAGAAUCCCGCGGAUGGCUGGUUCAAAUUGCUCACACAAGAGGAGGGUGAAUACUACAAUGUGCCAUGCGCUGAUGCCACACAAGAUCUACUUAAACUCAAAAGUCAAAUGCGGAAAUCAUCACAAAAGAAACCACUGGUGAUGCGCCGCGAUACAAAUGGACAGACACAAUCCAAAAAGGAUAUGAUACGUGCCACAGAUUUCAAUUUCAUAAAAGUGCUGGGCAAAGGUUCAUUCGGCAAGGUCAUGUUGGCCGAACGCAAGGGCACCGAAGAUCUCUACGCCAUUAAAAUACUCAAAAAGGAUGUCAUCAUACAAGACGAUGAUGUCGAAUGUACAAUGAUUGAGAAACGUGUUUUGGCUUUGGGUGAAAAGCCGCCAUUCCUAGUGCAGCUGCACUCAUGCUUCCAAACACUGGAUCGUCUCUUCUUUGUCAUGGAGUAUGUCAAUGGUGGCGAUUUAAUGUUUCAAAUACAACAAUUUGGCAAAUUCAAGGAGCCGGUCGCGGUCUUUUACGCAGCCGAAAUCGCCGUUGGGCUCUUCUUCCUACACACUAAAGGCAUUUUGUAUCGUGAUUUGAAAUUGGACAAUGUUCUGUUGGAUGCCGAUGGUCAUGUGAAAAUUGCCGACUUUGGCAUGUGUAAGGAGAAUAUUAUUGGUGAUAAGACAACAAAGACAUUUUGCGGCACACCCGACUACAUAGCACCCGAGAUCAUUCUAUAUCAGCCCUACGGCAAAUCGGUAGAUUGGUGGGCUUAUGGGGUUCUACUCUACGAAAUGCUCGUCGGUCAACCACCGUUCGAUGGUGAGGAUGAAGAAGAAUUGUUUGCUGCCAUUACCGAUCACAAUGUCUCCUAUCCGAAGAGUUUGAGCAAGGAAGCCAAAGAAGCGUGCAAAGGGUUCUUCACCAAGCAACCAAACAAGCGGCUCGGUUGUGGGGCCACCGGCGAGGCGGAUGUGCGUAUACAUCCAUUCUUCCGUCGCAUCGAUUGGGAGAAAAUUGAGAAUCGUGAAGUGCAACCGCCAUUUAAGCCGAAAAUCAAACAUCGCAAAGAUGUCUCAAAUUUCGAUAAGCAAUUCACUUCGGAGAAAACGGAUCUGACACCAACGGAUAAAGUAUUUAUGAUGAAUUUGGAUCAAACGGAAUUUGGAGGCUUCUCCUACGUGAAUCCGGACUAUGCGGUGCCCGUUUAAAUGGGCUGAAUACGCCACACCAGCAAACACACACUCGCCCACAUACUUGAAGACAUUGCGUUCCUGCGACGAGUGUGGGAAACGAAGGCAACGGAAGCGAAAUAGACAUAGUUGGUAUAAAGUUUAUGCGCGGAUAUUAUAUUGUUUUAUCGAAUGUUAAAUAUUUUGAUCUCACUGCACUGGUGCUUUCAGACUAUGGGUGGCUUAUUCUUCGUAAUGGAGUACUACAAAGGCGGUAAUAUUAUACAUACAUCAUAUACAGAUCUAUGGACGUUUCACUUGAGAUCGUAAACUAUGAAUCC